AUGAGGAUAGUGGGAUUGACCGGUGGAAUCUCGUCGGGAAAGAGUACUGUCUCUAAUCUUUUCAAGUCCCAUGACAUUCCUGUCGUUGAUGCUGAUAUUGUUGCUCGGGAUGUACUGAAGAAAGGCACCGGUGGAUAUAAGAGGGCAGUUGCAGCCUUUGGAGAAGACAUAUUGCAAGCUAAUGGGGAAGUUGAUAGGCCAAAACUGGGCCAGAUUGUGUUCUCUGAUCCUGGGAAGCGCCAGCUUCUCAAUAGGCUUUUGGCUCCUUAUAUAUCUUCCGGCAUCUUUUGGGAAAUUUUGAAGUUAUGGUUGAAGGGGUAUAAGGUAAUUGUCCUAGACAUCCCUUUGUUGUUCGAAGCCAGGAUGGAUAAGUGGACAAAACCCAUCAUUGUUGUUUGGGUUGACGCUGAAACACAGCUUGAGCGACUCAUGGCAAGAGACAAAACCAGCGAGGAAGAUGCCAGAAAUAGAAUAAACGCUCAGAUGGCCCUUGAUUUGAAGAGGUCCAAGGCUGACAUUGUCAUUGAUAACUCUGGCUCCUUAGAAGAUCUGGAGGAACGGUUUCAGAAGGUAUUAGUCCAGGUUACAAGGCCUUUGACGUGGACUGAAUUCUGGCUUUCAAGGCAGGGAGCCUUCUCGGCUCUCGUGUCCAUUACUAUUGGAGUUGUUGUUGGCAAAAAUGUUCUUAGCAAAUUAUAG